AUGUCAACAUACGAAAAAGUAGAAGAAAAGUUGGAAGAAGAGAACUUGAAUGAAGAAGUGAAGAAGAACUUGGAAGAGCGGAAAUAUAGGUUGUUGGAAGAAAAGAAAGAAUUGGAGAAAGACAAAAAAGAUUGGACGGAGCAGGUGAAGGAGUGGGGGAAGGCGUUGAGAGAGUUCGCUGGAGGGAAAGAAUCAUUGAAACGCAAACCUGAAAAUGACCAGGAAGAAGCAUAUAUUAAAAAAAUAAAAGGUUCUGAGUUUUCACCUAGUGAAGCUGCAAAGCCAAUAAACUGGAGAAAAAUUCAAUUAGAAAACUCUGAAUAUGCAUUUUACAAUCAUAGACCCGCCGAUGCCUCGGGAAACCCUGUAACAUUGCAACAUGAAAUUAUUGCAAACUUAUAUGAUGAUUUAAGAUAUAUAAAUCCAACUGCUCGUGAUUACGAUUUUGCAUUGAAAAUCAACUAUGAAAUGUCAGGAAUUACUUUUUCCUCUGAAGAUGAGAGAAGAGAAAGUUUUAAAACUUGUAUUUAUGAGACAUAUAAAAUAGCACUAAAUCAAUACACUUAUAAUAAUAUUACCACAGAUGGAACUAUAUUGGGAGGAAAUGGAAAAUAUAUGUUAAGCAAUUUGGAAGUUAAACCAGAGAUGGGAACUGUUAAUUGUUGUCCUGCUAACCAGACGUUAGUUUAUUAUGCAAAACAUGUGGCAAAUGAAUUUUCAACUGAUACUAGAAGUAUCAUUCGUCUACCUUGUAUAUUACUAUAUUUAGCAGGUCCAUACAUUGGCAUGGCUGGUGCAAUUCAAGGAAAUAAAUUUCUUUGUGAUCCGUUAUCACCUACUCUUCCACUUUUAUUUACACAACAUUAUCAGGAAUACAUGUUAUCAGUGGCAAAAUUUUUUGCUGCAUACAAAAAAGCAUUAGAUAAUCUUGGAGAAUACUACAAAAAUCCUUCUCAUGAUGAACCAUCCCAACUUUCAUUUCCAUAUAUCAGAUCAUACAAACAUUUGGAUACAAAUUUAAAAAUUAAUUUUCGAUAUAUCAAGCAAUUGCAUGAGGAUAAGUUAUUGUUUUUGAUUGAACUUGAGGACGAAGAUCUUCCAAGUCAAUUAAUUGUUAAAUUCGCUAAAAAAUAUGGGAACGAUGCACAUCUUGUUUGUGCAAAUCUAGAUAUAGCACCAAAGCUGUUUGGAAUUGAGAAAGUUUCAGGUGGUUGGUUCAUGGUAGUAAUGGAGUAUCUAGAUGGUUACGAAGCAAUCUCUGAGAAACCUUCGGCACAAAUUCAACAGCAAAUAUGCACAGCUACGCAGAAAAUGCAUCAAGCGGGUUAUGUUCAUGGUGAUUUACGCCAUUCAAAUAUCCUUACCAAAAUUACAAAUGGUAAUACUAAAGUUGUCUUUAUAGAUUAUGAUUGGGCAGAUGGAGAUGGAAAAGCAACCUAUCCUCCAUUUUUGAACCUUGGAAUUCCUCGACAUCAUGAUGUCAGUCCAGGUGGACACAUUUUGAAAGAACAUGAUGAAUUUAUGGUGAAUAAAUACAAAAAUUAA